AUGCGCUCCGCUAUCGGCUAUAACGAGAACGGCAAGAAGGGCAACCACGGGUAUCAGAUCGACGUGGACGUUAUCGAUCCAGAUCUGCUCCACGUCAUUCCCGCGUAUCACGGGAUUAUAUUUCACUCCAUGGCUUGGUGGAUGCAGAACGUUCCCGGAAGGAGCAAGAAGAAUAGCUAUUUCCGCGGCGGGAAGCUGGUCGAAGUUUCCGACGUGGACGCGUAUCGCGAGGCGAUGCACAAUCUCGGGCAGCACCUGAAAAAUAUGGACUACCCGGGCGUGCCGUAUUUCGUCUCGUCCUCUCCGAAGCACUACAGCCCGCCGGCGAAUGCCACCAAGGCCGGCGCGUGCGGCGCGACGUCCGUAGUUAAAGCCGCCGUCGCGCAGCUAUACCCGACCACGCAGGAGACGGAAAACUUCUACGCGAUGCAGAAGCUGUCUUUAACGGGUACGGGCAGCCCGAUGCGGCUCCUCCGCGUGACGCGCCUGAGCGCGGUGCGGCCGGACGGGCAUCUCGGCCUGUGGAGCGACGACAUCGUGCGGAACCCGGAAUUUAAGGAUCUGACGAAGCGCAUGGAGAAAUGGCCGGGGGAUUGCACGCACUGGUGCCUGCCCGGCGUGCCCGACGCGUGGGUCGACCUUUAUUACACCAAUGCGCUUUUAGAACCGACGUUUGUCCAGCUCGCCAACGCGCUGCCCGCGCCGCUGCCGCCGUCCGCGGGGGGAGGAGGCUGGCGGAAGAACAAGACGGGCGGAGGAGGGGGAGAUUCGGGAGGAGGAGCAGGGGGAGGAGGGGGUGGGGAGACAACCCCUGUAGUCAACCCGCCUGUAGUCAAGCCACCUGUCAAACCACCUGCAGUCACACCCCCUGUAGUCGAUCCACCUGCAGUCAAGUCUCCAGCUAAACCACAUGCAACCAAACCUCCUGUAGUGAACCCACCUGUAGCCAAGACCCCUGCAGUCAAGCCUCCUGUUGUCAAACCCCCUGCAGUCAAACCACCUGGAGUCACACCCCCUACAACCAAACCUCCUGUAGUCAACCCUCCUACAGUCAAGCCCCCUGCAGCCAAGCCACCCGUUGUCAAUCCCCCUGCAACCAAGCCUCCUGUAGGAAACCCUCCUGUAGCCAAGACCCCUGUGGUCAAACCACCUGCAGUCACAACCCCUGCAACCAAGCCUCCUGUAGUGAAGCCGCCAUCAGCAAAAUCUCCAGCUGCCAAAUCGCCAGUGUCGUGGGAAGGUGGGGCGCAGGAGGAGGAGCAGGAGGAGCAGGGGGAAGGGGAGCAGGAGGAGCAGCAAGGGUAG